AUUUCUGUAUGACAAAAAGAAAAGCGUCCAAUAAAGAUAUAUCAUUUUCCCCUAUCUCUUAGUCACAAAUUAGAAAACCCCACAAAUCAAAAACAAGAAAAGGAAAAAACAGAGGCCGCUCCAAAAGAUACAAACCUCAGGUCCUGAGCGAUUUAUCCAUCAUCUUGUGGCUUCUUCAGCAUCGAUUCAUCAUCAACUCAAAAUCAGACACACAGACUCUCUCUCUCUACGAAAGAAGGGCAUGUCCCGUAAAGGAGGAGGAGGUGGUUCUUCACUGCCAAAGGACGUGCCUUGGAGGGCCUCAAACACCAAACCCAUACCCAAAAUUCACCAUUCCCCUGUUCUCCGAAUAACCCAGAACCCUACUUCCAAUUAUGCCAUCUCUGUCAUGAAGCACCCGAACCCGGUAGGAAGUGGGUUAGCAAUGGAAGCCAUAGUGGAAGCAGCAGGCCCUGAGUGCAUUGUCCCGGGACAAGUUACACCUAUCAAGUUACUUGGUGUCAAGGUAUGGCCUAUUGAAGUUAACUUGAAAUUUUUGGAACCAGUUGGACGAGAGCUCAAGCAGCUUGGAAAGUUCAUGGAUGAUGCUGUCAAUCUCAUGAAUAAAUCAUUCAUAGAUCGCUAGUGCAUGCAUUCCCGUUAUCAAGAGGACAAGUACUUGCAGUCAGCAGAAGCCGGUUCAGGAAGAAUGACAUAAUAAGAUCUCCCCUUGUGUCGCCUUCUUGCUUGUUCUGCAGUUAAGGUGUACGUAGUUCCUAGUAUCUAUAGAUCAGACGCGGGAGGGUUCUUGUUUUGGAUUGUGGCAUGAGUUCCCUUUUUUCAAUGUUGUUUUGGCCCCAUAACUCUACUGCUUUUAGUUCAAUAUGUUACAUUAAUACUUUAAAUUUAAAUUAUAUGAGGUUUUGAGUAAUGUGAAGUUUCGUUA